UAAUACUAGUGGUUUGGGGGUUUUUUCCAAAAGAGAAAGGAAACCUUGGGUUUUAACUUUUGUUUUGUCACAUUUAAAAAGUAUGACUUCUCAUAAACUGUGUUAUAGUAUUUUUAAAGUAAUAUAUGCACUCAAAAUGAAAAAUUCACACAGGAAAGUAAUCUGAAACUUCUGAAAUUGCAGCUGAAUUGGGCUGCCAGAUGGGAGCUUAUGCUCAGAAAUAUAUAGGGCUGAAAUCACAACAUAGAGGGUGAGGUUUUUGAAUUUUAAGUACUAGAAACUACUUGGAUGAAGGAAAGUUAUGAAACCUAAGUCAAAAAUCUCAGUUGUGAGUAUGAAAGCCUUGGGGUUUUUGUUGGGUUUUUUUUUCUGUUUGUUUUUCAUGGAGACAAAGUUGAAAAGAGGGUAAAUAACAUUAUAUUAAAAUGUUCCAAAUAAACUCAAAUAAAUUUAUUUGGAACAUUAUAAUAUAAUAUGUAUCAAUAGAAGUAUAUAUUAAUAAUCUUGAUAUUCAUCCGUGGAGAGAGUCCACAACGGCAUCACUGAAUUGAUCAGAGGAAUUGGAGCACCACUCCUAUGAGGAAAGGGACAUCUGAUGCUCCGAGGGAAGGAUUUGCCGGUAGGAGCGGCAGAGCCAUGGAGAACGGACACCUUCGACCGGGAGGUCACGGCACUGGCCGCAAUGUGCUGCCCAGCGCGUUUCAGGAGCGAUCUGACCGACUGCGGGCUUCUGGAAAAGUCACGGGGCUGGGCGCUGCGUGGGUGAGGCUGGCGCAGCGUUGCAGGCGCAGGAAGCCGCAGGAGCCCGGCGGGACUCCACACGCCGCGCACCCAUCCGUGUGCCUGCCUGCGUGUGUGAGGGCGCUCCAUGGGCGCCGCCAGCGCGGCUCCCCAAGGCCGGCCAGCGGGACUACAGCUCCCAGCGGCCCCCGCGCACAUCCCGCGCCUGCGCACGUGGUCCCCGGGGCGGAGGCGGCUCCCUGUUCCUUGAGCGCGAACCCGGCCGCGACCGGACUACGUCUCCCAGCGGCCCCCGCGCACAUCCCGCGCCUGCGCAAGCGGAGCCGGCCCGGCCGCACUCCGCCGUUGUCGCCGUCGGUGGGUGGGUGGGGGAAGGGAGCGAGCGGGAGGAGGAGGAGGAGGGAGGGGGGGGAGAGUUGAGAGUUCACCCGCCGCCG